GUGCUGCAGAGGAAGCCGCAGUGACUCGAGUCCCUUCAGAGACGACAUCCCGCUCUACACGACUCACGGUCGCUUCGACGGCACCAACAGGAAGCCAUACGAACAGAUCGAUAAGCCGGUGAACAGUCGGACCGCCUCGUACACCGUCAACGAAUGAAUGACGGAGACCCAAAUCAAAACAGAAUCCUAUUGUUGUUUUUUUCUUUAUUUUAUAUAUUUAGUUUUCAUUUCAAUGUCCACCCCUGCUUUAACUCACUCUAAUAUUUAUAUAAAUAUAAUUACAUUGAAAACAAAACCUGUCUGAUCCAAAACAAAUGAGAAAAACAACAUUAAAGAAAUAUACUUCAUUUUAUACUUUUUAUUUAUUUAUAGUUUUG